AUGGGUGGAAAGGUGGAUCAGAGAAUUAAUGAUGGAAGAGGUCCUUAUAUUUUCAAACUUAAUAAUCAAAACCACCAUAGAAUUGAAACACUACUCCCAACUGAUGGUCUAAGUCCCAAUUUUGCACAAUUAUAUUUCUAUGAUACUAAAAAUGAAGUUUCAAAUAGAAUUAAUGAAUUGAACCAAUCGAACAAUAGCCAUGAUUCAUCUAUUGUUGAUGCCCUGGUCCGAAUGCUAGAUGAAUCAAAUCUAUUGGUCAAGAACUUUCGUAUGGCUAGAGACCGUUUUAGUGGAGUUGUCUACGCAAUUGAAUACCAAAAGAGAGGAUUGUCUCAUGCUCAUAUAUUGCUCUUCUUACAUCCUGAGAACAAACAUCCAACACUAGCAGAAAUCAAUAGGAUAAUCACAGCAGAAAUUAUAGAUUUGGACAAAGAUCCUCAAGCUUAUGAUGUUGUCAAACAAUUUAUGGUUCAUGGUCCUUGCUGCUUUAUAAAUCCAAAAUCAAGUUUUAUGAUCGGCAACAAAUGCAUCAAGCAUUUUCCAAAGAAAUUUUGCUCUAAAAGUACAAUUGAUGAAGAUGGCUUUUCAGUAUAUAAAAUGAGGAACAACGGAAGAUUCAUUGAAAAGAAUGAUAUCGAAGUAGACAAUCGAUUUAUAGUUCCUCACAAUAUUGACUUAUUGGUGAAGUAUCAAUCACACAUAAAUGUAGAGUGGUGCACUCGUACAAGGUCUAUUAAGUAUUUAUUCAAAUAUAUAAAUAAAGGACCUAAUCGUGCAACGUUGAUGCUUGAAGAGAAUUUACAUGUCGAGGGUUCUUCUGGAAUACAACAUGUGACAAAUACUGAUGAAAUAAAAACAUAUUUAGAUUGCAGAUAUGUGUCGGCGAUAGAGGCAUGCUGGAAGAUCUUCCAAUUUGAAAUUAAUUAUCGAGACCCUCCAGUUGAGAGACUUAAUUUCCAUCUUGAAAAUGAGCAACCUGUCAUGUUUGAUAAUUCUAAUCAUUUAGACAAUGUUUUGAAUCAGUCGAAUAUUAGAAAGACUAAAUUUACAAAAUUGAUGAAAGCGAAUGCUUUAUAUGAAGAAGCAAGAGAAUUGGCGUAUUCUGAUUUCCCUUCCAAAUGGACUCGUCCUGUUAAUGACAAUGUGAAUGAUAUCUACCUUGAGUUGCAAUCUAAAUACACUGAUGCUAAGUAUUUCGAAGGCAGAGCAAUUUUAGCUCCAAGAAAUGAUGAUGUACAAGAGAUAAAUGACUACAUAAUUGAUCUUAUUAACGUUGAUGAAGAAACGUAUCUCAGUGCAGAUUCAAUAUGUAAAGCUGCAAGCAACAAUCAGGACUAA